UCCUGUUUUUUUGGGGUAUGAAAAUGUAUGAUAAUGAGUAUGACACAAAGGAAAGUAAAAUUAUCCAGGGAUAAAAUUGAACCACAAUAAUAACGAUAUACAGCUGUGUAUAAAUUAUUAGUAUGUAUACAACAGUUUUUUCUUCUAGUGUUAAAAGGAAAUACUGAACUUUUAUUCACCUACUUUAUUUGAUUGAUCAAUGAUAUUAUUAUUGUUCUAAAAAAAACAUCAAAAUAUUAUCAAUAAAUUACAUGUAUGAAUUUUAGAAACAUGCAAACCAGCCCUGAGACAUUCAAGCUGUAUUGAUUUCCUUUUUGCCAAAAAAUAUCCACAUUCCUUUUUAUUGACUAACGUCUGUUGAUCCUGUAUUUGGCUCAAAAUCUUAAUGCUUAGAUUCACAAUGCAUUCUUGAUUCUUUUCCAGUAUCUACUGAAAAAUACAGUCUAGGUAUGUUGUAAAUACCAUCUCUUCUUAGUUCCGAGUUGUUUUAACACACAAUCCCCCAACAACUGAAGGUCUAGGAAAUAUUGGGUAAAUGUAGAUAAUUAUAAACAUCGUUUUUGUGUCAAAAAGUGUUUACACUCUUAUUUCAAUCUUCAAACAGCUUGAUUUGCAUAAAAAGAGUAUUUUUUUAUUGUUCAGUAGCUCUAGGCUCAAGUUCAUAUCUUGAUCCCAUCAAUGUAUCUUCAGUUUUAAACAGAGGUUUCAGUGGUUUCAAAACAAGCUGGUGACCACUGGAGUUCCAUCGGCUACUUGAUUGUAUGUUGCCAGCAAUUCCGUAGUCCCCCCCCCCCGCCCCCCCAGCCUCCAGAUACUUUAAAACAUUUUGAAAUCCCUGAAGUUUAUGUACUGAAGAUGAGCUAGUAUAAUUUUACAAAGGAACCCUACCAAAGGAUCAGAAAGCCAAGCCAAUUAGUGUACCAUAGAGACUGAUCAUCUCAAAACCCACGUCCUAAUUCCAUGGCACAUACCUGUAUAGAAGUACUACAACCUUCUCCCUGGGUGUUAAAGUAACAGUAAAGAGGGGUUUCAGGUGUAGCCUCUUGUCUUUGUUUUAUUUUUCUGAUAUUUGCUACAACCUUUGCUCCUCUGUAGGGAAAGAUGGUUUGGCAAGAGGAAAGCAGAAGACAGUUUGAUGAAAGGAUUUAUUAAUUCACAUUUUACUAUUCCAUCUGUUAAGAGGAUUUUCUAGACAGAUCAUUUAAAUAGUCUGGAAUUCAUUAAAGCUGACAAAAAGCACAUGCUGUUCUUGUUGUUCCUUUAUAAGACAGCCUUAAAUAAAUUGCAGGUCUGAAAGAUGGAGUUGUAAAUAAGCUCAUCUCGCUAUGUUAAUUUUUGAUAAUCCUUUUUCCAUCAAAUUUAAUUACUAGUAAAAACCUGCAACUAAGAACCUGUAUUUUCCCAAGUUAGCCUAAACAAGUCAGGUUCUUACAUAAAAACCAAUUAGCACAGAUUUAGGCUAUUUAGGUUCAGUCUCAAAUAGGUCCUUAUUUUCUGAAAAAAAAAUACUUUGUAGCUUUGAGCUAAAAGUAUUUAAUGGCAUUCAGCUCUUUCCUUAGUAUAUGUAAAACCUGUAUACCAUUGCAUUGCAGUCUGAGUAUUAAAUGAUAAAUAUUAUUAGACACCUAUGUCUCAAAAGAGGACCCUGUAUGUUGACUUAUCUUACUUUCCCAAGUGUACACUGUGCAGAAGUUUUUUUAGAGAUUUUAUAAAUAAUGGUAAUAGGACUGAGUGGAGUCCAAUUCGGUCUGUAAUCAUACACGUGUUACAAAAUUGGACAACCACUAAGCAGGAGUCAGAUUUGUUUAAUCAUGAGUAUGAUUACAGAUUGAAUUGGACAAAAUAAAGUCCUGUAACCAUUACGAUUUCCAAAAAAUAUAUGCAUUCCUUUUUUGGAGAAAUAGCAUUUGUUCAUACUAAAUGUCCAAAAUAAGGGAAAAUAUUACUGGUGGAGACACUGCCUAUAUGUUGCAUAUUCAUCCAUUUUGGAUUAAUCCCCAGUUUGUUUGGGUAAGUGAUUGUUGCUAUGGUUAUUGUAAUAACUUCUGUGAUUGGUGGAUUUAGCUGAGUGCACUUAAAAUGAUUGGCUAAUGUAAUUAUCUGAUUACAGGCAACUGUCCGACUACAGCCAACUGUCUGAUUACAACCAUACACAAUGAUUAAAGAAAAAUAAAGCAGUUAAUGCACCAAUCAAAUUUGAGGAAAUUGUAAUGGUUAUGAUUAAUAACCUGUUUCAAAUUUGAGUGCUUUUUUAUAAACACAGCCUAGCUGGAAAAUUAGCCUGACACGUUCUUAAAAACCAGUUUCUUAGUUGUGGAUUUUUCCUGUACCCUUGUUGAGCUUAAUACUGCACAUCACUAUGCUGGGUGUCAGCCCAUCCCUUUUUUGUUUCUCCUUGUCAAUGAGGUCAGAUAGGGAAUUUACAUUUAGUCUUCUAGACCAUGGUGCCUUUAAUAGAAAGCUUUCUUCUCCUAAUCAGGAUCAUAUUAACAAUCCUUUACUCUAACUGAUUAAUUGAAGGAUGAAGAACACUAAGGGAUGAAGUUGUCAUAAAACAACCACCAACUCUUUUCCACAGGAGGAACAGAAUGCUUAGGGAUGGAAAAUAAACAUGCGAAACUGAUUGAAGUAUAGAGAGUAUGCACAUGACGUCACAGCAGCCAUGUUGGUGUCCCAAACUAAUCCUGUGGGAGUUGAACUCUUUUCUUAUGCAAAUGAUUUCUUUUGUUCCAAUAAAUUUGCAUAGAUGCAAGCCACGUGAGUGAAUACUCUCUAUGAAAUUCAAGCUUAGUUUGGUUUCCUAUAGUUGCAUCUAGGGUGUUUGCCUUCUUAUCUCCAAGGGAAAUAUGUGCAGCAGACAGUGCUGCACACCCCCUCCCCCCUUGAUUUCUUCAAAGCUUCCUAGUGCAAGAUCAUUAGUUUCAGUCUUUUCUGUGAAGUUUUUUAAGUCUUACCAAAAAAACUACAGUUACCACAGUUGUCUAGUUAAAUAUUGCUGAUCCCUGACGAGAAAGUGAAAGUCAGGGAAACAGACACUUAUCCUUGAGGUCCUUGAAAGAGAGUUGGCAUGUAAAGUCAGGAAAUGUCUUACCAAGGACCGGCUUCGAAGCACGUUACUGUGCACUGGCCUAGACACUGUCAGAGGAUUCCAUCGAAACAGAAUUGACAUCCUGAACCAGCUCAACAUGAUUUCAGUGUCUUCUGUUGCUGCAGAUUUUCUGUAAACCAGAAAAGUGUACUCCUUGAAAUGUCAGCAUUCUUCCUUCCUUUCAACUUUAAUAUUUGACAGUGAGUUGUACUCAACAUUUAUUAACAACAUUUUUGUCCUCAUUGACUUUUAUCUCUCUUUACGAGUUGUGUGGUAGAUAUACUUUUUAAUACUUCUUGAUAUUCUCUUGUUUGUGCUCUUCUGUCAUCUAUUUUUGUCUUCCCAGCUAAGCAAAAUAAAAUACAUAAUUUAAACAUUAAUGCCCAGAGGACUAGCCUCUGCCACAAACAGAACUAAACUUCUGGUUAAGUCCCCCUGUGAGACAGCACUGAAAUCCUGGUUGUGGGCACCCCCUGGCCCACCUGUAAACGAGCACUUGCAUAUGUGCUAUGAUUGGCCUGUUAAAAAUACCAUUAUUGAAGGGAAUAUCGAAACACAUUGGGAUUGGGAGCCCAGAAUAUUGGCACGGCUUUGCAGAUGUUACUAACUGGCAAUAGAUUAUGUCUGCAACACAGGCUACACUGACAACCAGACUUACAGUGUAGGUUUUAAAUAUAUAUUGUUUAUAAAUUCAGAAGUAAGCUUAUAUUCAAGUCUUUAAAAAUAUACAAAAUUCAUUUUUUAUACCUUAGAUAAUCGUCAACUAAAAUAAGGUGCAGUACAGCAUUAUGAAUGACCCUAACUGAAACUUAUUAAUAAUUCAUAAAAUGCAAUUUACAUCAAGAAAUACAAGUAAUAAUUACCAAGCCAAAAUAUGUGUUUUGCUGCAGGAAAAACGUAUACAUUUCUUCUAACAUGUUCUAAAGUAACUAGACCUCUUAUUGAGUCUCAUAUUACACCUCUAGCGAUCCCUCCAGAUCUUCAAACCUCUAAAACAGUUAAACCAGCAGUUUGUUUUUUCACUUUAUAAAUUUCACUCUUUUUCACUUUACUAAUUAGUUACAUAACUAUAAUCACUGUAAGUCGUAGUAUGUUUGUUUUUUUAGCUUUAAAGGUCAAGAAGCAAUCAACACAUGUUCGGGAGCGAUUCAUUUUUAAAUAAGUGUUGUAGUUAUUAGUUAAGAUAAGGAGUAAUUUCAAACUAGUCAUUUUAACAAUAUGACUAGUAGUGCAUAAGGGUUUCUUUUCAUGUAUGUUACACUUGCAAGCUUAGAAAAAAAGGAAGGGCACAAACUUUCUUGAUUUCUCUCAGAUAAUGACAAAUUGGACUACUUUUGGGCUUAACUCUUGUUCUAAACAUAAAUCUUCAAAGGCUAAAAAAUCUUUAAAUGCUAAAAAUCCAACACUAACCUUCCAGAAGCUCGCAACAUGUGACCGUUUCGAAAUCAGUUGAGUAGAGCUUUCAGCAACUUUACGUCACCUGGCAAAGCCUUCCAACUGUUAACACUGUAACUGUGACCAUAGGCUUUUUCUCCACGGUACUUCGCUCAGGAUAGGGUAUUUUGAUUGAUGACUUCGGUGAAUCAGAAGAUGCAAAAGCUAAAAUCUUGAGUGACGCUCGAUUGGACACAGAGAAAGACUCACCAUUACAUUGCUCAAACCGUACAGUCGAGAAGAGCGUUGAGCAACUUUACGACGAGUGAUAAAGCCUUCCAGCAAUCAACACUUUAAACUGUGACCACCAGCUUUUUCUCCAUUCUAUUCCACUCAGGAUAGGCUAUUUUGUUUGACAAUCUCGGUAAAUCAGAAGCUACCACAGCCAACCCUUUGAGCGGACACUCGUUUUGAAACAGCGAAAGACUCGCCAUGACAGGACAGUUGGGUAGAACUUUCAGCAACUUUACGUCCAGUG